GGAAGGGCUUUUCUGAUGUGAGUCGGGCAAAGGGGAGAAACCCAGGAGCUGCUCCGCAAAUGGAGCUGCUAUCGGCCUUGGUAUUCUGUGCGGUUUUGCUCUGUUCGAAUGCUGAAAGUGAACCCGCCGUGGCUUCGGCAAACUGCAGCGACACAGAAAAGGAGGCCGGCGUGGCCCUCGAUUUGAUCAAUAAACAUCGCAGCGACGGCUACAUAUUCUCUCUGCUGCGGGUUGCAGAUGCUCAUGUUCAACACGUUGGAAAUGCAUCCAUCUAUUAUUUUACUCUGGAUGUGCUGGAAACAGAAUGUCCCGUAAUCUCCAGGAAAGACUGGGUAUCCUGUGGAUCCGGACCGUUGUUUGGCACCUCGGACUUUGGGCGAUGUAACGCUGUUGUCCAAAUAGAUCAGUCAUCCCAAAAGUGGGGAUUGUAUGGAUACAACUGCACGAUGAGCCCAGUUCCACCAAAAUUAUAUGAGUGCAAGGAAUGUUCGGUAAAUAUAACAGUCUUGGAUAACGUUCAGCAAUAUGCGGCAGAAGCCGAGAGACUCAUGGAACGCUACAAUCGGGACAGCGACCUGACGAAGGGCUUCAAAGUGGAGAAAGUCACAAAAGUUUUAUUGGCGGAAUCAAAUCGUACUGGAUAUUUCAUAGAAUUUACCAUAAAGGAGACCAUGUGCCUCAAAGCCAAAUUUCUGUCACAGCCGUCUGAAUGUAAAUUUCUUCCUGAUGAAUAUGCACACACUGGAUUCUGUUCAGGAAAAAUACUUAAUGACACAACAGACACCGAAGUUGUCGAAGUAAAGUCCUGCGAAAUCUUCGACAUCCAACCUGGAAAGGAAUCCCACCCCGGGAGACGUGGCCACCCCCACGAUGAUUCUGGAGAACACAGUCACCGCUGCAGUGCUUGCAGUCACAGAUGUCAUCACCGACAUCAUCAUUUUGACCCCCACUGUCUACGCUGCAAUGCUACUCGGUAUGGAUGCCGGCAUCAUUUUCCGCAUUACUACGACCAUCCUCUCACUCAUCGUCACAGACAUACACACUGCCGUAGCUGUGGCGCAGCAAGUCGCGCAGGUCAAUCUAAUUCCACCAACGAUAGUGAAGAAAAAGACAAUCCCGACUUUCCUCCUCCGCCCGGGCCCAAUUACCCUCCGCCACCCCCAGGUGGCCCACACCACCUUCCUCCUAGUCGAUUUCCCUCGCCACCAGCUGGGCCUCCCCCUCCUCCUCCAGAAAGGCCCGGUGUUCGUCCAUCGGGCUGUUGGUCCUGUCGUGGUCACCGCCAUAACCACAGGUGGAACAAGGCAACGCAUGAACGAGAAGACGGCUCCUCAAGUCCGUUGCAAUCCCCCCCGCCUCUCCCUGAGGCCGUGGUUGGUUCGGUCCAUCGCAUCCAGCUGCCAAGCCUACUUGAUGUCCUCCAAGCUCCUGCUGCAGAGUUCUCUUUCCCUUUACACGACAAACACGAGAAACCAGCUGUUCAGCCUUUCCCACUAACCCCUUCAGACUCAGAAUCAUGUCCCGCACCUGCCAUCUUUGAGCUGCCAUUUGACCUUCUGUCUUUGUAUCCUCCUCUAAAGUCAGCGUGAGGUAGUGGUUAAGAGCAGGUGCUCUCUAAUCUGGAGAACCAGGUUUGAUUCCCUGCUCUACCACUUGAGCUGUGGAGGAUUAUCUGGUGAACCAGAUUAGCUUGUGCAGCCCAACACAU